AUGGCCGAGAUUUGCUGCCAGGAAGCCAAGUCGCCGCCGGCGACCGCCGCCACGGUGGCCACGGUCUCGGCGUCGGCGGCCGCUGCGGCCGUCGCCUCGUCGGUGAUGGACAGGCGGCGCCGCAGGUUGGAGCUGAAGCGUUUCCGCCUCGCGAGCGACCUCGAGCAGUCGGCCGCGGAGUACGCCGGCGCCCGCAAGCGGCCGAGGAUACCGCGCACGGUGUCUGGCCCGUGCCCCGACGCUGCCUCGGCGUCCGAGAACACGGAGCGUUGCCCAAGGUUCGGGUUCUCCUCUGUAUGCGGUCGUCGUCGCGAGAUGGAGGACGCCGUCUCCAUCAGGCCGGGUUUCCUGCCUGGCUCCGGCAAGUCCCACUUCUUCGGCGUCUUCGAUGGCCACGGCUGCUCACACGUGGCGACGACGUGCCAGGAGCUGAUGCAUGAGGCGGUGGCGGAGGAGCACGAGAAGGCGGGGCCCGGCGAGGAGCCUACGUGGAAGGAGGUGAUGGAGAGGAGCUUCGCGCGGCUGGACGAGCGGGCCGCGAACUGGGCGACCACCCGCAGCAGCGAGGAGCCCGCCUGCCGCUGCGAGCAGAAGAUGCCCUCGCGGUGCGACCACGUGGGAUCCACCGCCGUCGUGGCCGUCGUCAGCCCGACCCAGCUCGUCGUGGCCAACGCCGGCGACUCCCGUGCCGUCCUUUCCCGCGCUGGCGUGCCUGUUGCACUCUCCGUCGACCACAAGCCUGACCGGCCGGACGAGCUGGAGCGCAUCCAGGCGGCGGGCGGGCGCGUCAUCUACUGGGACGGUGCCCGGGUGCUCGGCGUCCUCGCCAUGUCCCGAGCCAUAGGGGAUGGCUACCUGAAGCCGUUCGUGACGGCUGAGCCGGAGGUGACCGUGACGGAGCGCAGCGACGCCGACGAGUGCCUGAUCCUGGCCAGCGACGGGCUGUGGGACGUGGUGACCAACGAGAUGGCGUGCGACGUCGCCAGGGCGUGCUUCCGGAGCAACGGCCCUCCAGAGCCGGCCACGGCUCAGGCGCAGCCGAGCGGUGAGGCCAAGGCGAGCGAGGGGGUGAGCAAGGCGGAGUCCGACCGGGCGUGCUCCGACGCGGCCAUGCUGCUGGCGAAGCUGGCGCUGGCGCGGGGGAGCUCCGACAACGUCAGCGUCGUGGUCGUGGAUCUACGCCGGGGAUCGUGA